AGCUUCCAUAUCUCAUUCGUUUUAUCAACAUCAGUUUAAUUUUGUGACAGUCCCUAAACACAGCUACGCUUGAGGAACCGUAUGUGUUACGCUGGUUAUUUCUGACCAAGCGGAACCAAAACUUCUCUUUCUUAACCUCCUUUCAUUGUUGGUAAAAAAUAAAAAAAAUAGAAUUAUAAUAGAGCAACAAUGUCGCAUUUUGUAACAACUCGGUAUAAUUAGACCUAGCGUUGAGUGUUAGCUCAAAUUUAUGUCUACAGCUCUUUUAAAGAGUGUUAUGACGUUGUGUAAAGCGUGUCCAGUUUUGUGAAGAGGACUGGAGCGCUCAGAUACGCGCUCUGACACUCUGCAAGCACUCAGGAAACAGUUGUCCUACUUUUUUAGUCCAUGGAAAUCUCGUCGAUCCUAGGUUUUCGUCUGUCCUUAAAGCAACGAUAUUUUCUCCUGCUUUGCAUAGGUGCUUUGGCAAUAGUUGCUUAUCAAAUUACAAGAGACCAUUCACAAAGAGCAAGAAUGAAGCGUGUAGAAGGACUGAGGACCAACUCUUCACAGUUCAGCUUGGAGAAACAACCCUUCCGCAUCCUGGGAGGCUCUGUCCAUUACUUCCGUGUCCCCAGGACCUACUGGGAGGACCGACUGCUGAAGAUGAAAGCCUGCGGCAUCAACACUCUUACAACCUAUGUACCAUGGAACCUGCAUGAACCAGAGCGAGGGGUGUUUGACUUUCAGGAUGAUCUGGAUUUAGAAGCCUACCUUCGCAUUGCAGCCAGCUUGGGCCUCUGGGUGAUUUUGCGCCCUGGGCCAUACAUCUGUGCUGAAUGGGAUUUUGGUGGACUGCCUAGUUGGUUGCUAAGAGAUCAAAAUAUGAAAGUGAGAACGACCUACUCAGGAUUCACAGACGCAGUCAACUCCUUUUUUGAUGAACUCAUAAAGAAAGUUACUCUAUAUCAGUACUCCCAGGGUGGCCCAAUCAUAGCAGUUCAAGUUGAGAACGAAUAUGGCUCCUACGCUAAAGAUGACAAGUACAUGCCUUUCAUAAAGGAGGCAUUAUUGUCCAGAGGCAUCACAGAGCUGCUGCUGACCUCUGACAACAAGGACGGUCUGAAGCUCGGAGGAGUGAAAGGAGCACUGGAAACGAUCAAUUUCCAGAGACUGGACAUAAACGAGAUCAAGUAUCUGGAUGAAAUUCAACCUCAGAAACCUAAGAUGGUUAUGGAGUACUGGUCUGGCUGGUUUGAUCUCUGGGGAGGCCUUCAUCAUGUGUUCCCUGCUGAGGACAUGAUCUCGGUUGUCAGAGAAAUCCUGAAGCUGGACAUGUCAAUCAACCUGUACAUGUUUCAUGGAGGGACCAAUUUUGGCUUCAUGAGUGGUGCAUUUGCUGUUAGGCUGCCAGCACCUGAACCCAUGGUGACAAGCUAUGAUUACGAUGCUCCAUUAUCCGAGGCCGGGGAUUACACCACCAAGUAUCAUCUUCUGAGGAAUUUAUUCAGCAGCUACCACAACAAACCACUUCCUGAACUACCUGCCACUCAGGAAAGGAGAGCCUAUCGGUCUGUUGUCGUCCAGCAGCAUCUCUCUCUUUGGGACAGUUUCCAUUCAACUGAAAAGCCUUUCAAAUCUGAGAGGCCAAUAAACAUGGAGAACCUCCCUGUCAACAACAAUAAUGGCCAGUCCUAUGGCUACACGCUGUAUGAGACGGUCAUCACCAGCGGAGGAACUCUCAACUCAAAGAACAACAUCAGAGACAGAGCACUGGUCUUUGUGGACAAACAAUACGUUGGUGUUUUGGACUAUAAGGUGCAGGAACUUGUAAUACCUGAUGGGAAGGGAAGCAGAACUCUGGGCUUGCUGGUGGAGAACUGUGGAAGGGUGAAUUAUGGCACGACUCUGGAUGAGCAGCGCAAAGGUCUUGUUGGUGAUGUUGAGUUAAACUCAAAAGUCCUCAGAGGCUUCAUUAUUCAUAGUUUGGAUAUGAAACCAGGCUUUGUAAACAGCCUUCAGACUACAGGUUCCUGGGUGCCUAUGAAGCAGCAGCAGCCCUCAUUCCCGGCCUUUUUUCAGGGCAAACUUUACGUGAACAGCUUUCCUAAAGACACCUUCAUCAAACUUCCUGGAUGGACCAAAGGCGUUGUGUUUAUAAAUGGCAGGAAUUUGGGACGAUACUGGUCUAUUGGACCACAACAAACACUUUAUGUCCCAGGUCCCUGGCUUCACAGAGGAGACAACCAGGUCAUGGUGUUUGAAGAGCAGGAAGCAGAUGGUAGACUCCAGUUCACCAGCACCCCUGACUAUGGCAUGACUGUUGAUGUCCAGUGAGGAUAAGAGGAGAGCGUAUGCUAAGGAAGCAUGAGCAGAGCAGAGCAGACAUGACUUCUGUUGGUUAUGUUUACAUGGAUCUGGACUGCCUGCCCUGGUCAGCAGCACCGAGGUGUCAAGAAAACUUUUAAUUGAUUUUCCUAGUUUGUCUUACCGAUCAUAUUCAUGGCAUGUUAUAUUUAGUGGAUAGGUAUCAUUCGGUCUUUGUUGAAAAGAUAAAUCAAUAAAGUCUGGUUUGCUCUCUGUUUGUAACCAAGGCCAGGGAAGCUUUUGAGCUAUUUAUUUUUUCUCCAUCCCUUCUUGCCUCCUUCUAUGAUGAUGCUCUGAAAGCCUCUGCAGAAAAAUCAAGGUUACAAUAUUGCUUUGGGGAUGUUUUUUUUUUUUUUUUUUUAAACCUUACACCAUGAUGUUUGUUUCUUGAAAUAUUUUUGCUGCAGUUGUUUUUGGCUAAAAUACCCUUUAGAUAUCUGUCUGAUUCUGACUACCUUACAAUGCUUUUAAAAGGUAUUCACAUCUCUGAAGCAAGAACUUUUAUUGUAUUUUAUUGGGAUUUUAUUUGAUAACAGUAGCGCACAGUUGUAAAGUGGAAGAAAAUUAAUAAUACAUGAUUUUUUUUUUUUUGGCCCAAUGAAUUUAUGAAAAGUAUGGCAUGUUUUUGUAUUCAAUAGCUCUGCGUAAAUACUUUGUAGAACCUUUUAACAGCGGCAGCGUUUUCAGGUGAUGGAUUGGACUGUGCUCUGUGUGAUGUCCAAAUCUAGAAUCAAAGGGAUCCUAACACUUAGACUCAACAGUUUUACUGGAAAACCUCAUAUUCUUUUCCUUUCACUUCACAAAAUACAACUUUGUGUCAGUCCAACACAUAAAAUCCCAGUAAAAUAUGUCAAAGUUUGUGGUUGCAGUGUCAGAAAAAAUGCAAACAAAUUCUGAGGUAAUGAAUAUAUUUGGAAUCCACUGUAUUUCCUGUAGCACCUUUUAUAUUAUUAUUAAUUAAACAAAUGCAAAAAGUACUUCAGUUAAUAAGUAAUGAAGUGAUAAAUACUAGAUGACAAUUUAUAUUCGCUAUCUCUGUUGUAAAAAAAAAAAAAAAAACUACAGUUCAUACAGUUCAACAUGCUUUUUUUGGUCAAUAACCUAUUUUAAUAUCUGCAGCCCUAAAGGAUUGACUCCUUGGGACUGAACUACAUACAGUUUGGUUAAAAAAACACCACCUCUUCUGAAAACAACACUCUGGGCUACAUGAGGUUUUUUUUCAGUUAUUUAUUUUUCUUGAUUCAACUAACAUUUUUCUGAGAGAGCUGCUGUGGCAAAUAAACAACCUUAAGAGUCACAUGCAUAAAAAGUGAAUGAGAACAGGUGACGUGGAGAUAAUAAAAAAGACUAUGUGUAAAGUGUAUUGUGCCUUAGAGGAUGUUGGUGUUUGCUGUGGGACGGCUGGUUAAGUAAACUAUUGCUUUAUGCAGUGAUUGUUAAAAAAUUAAAAAAUAAAAAUCAGAUGUGAAGAGAUUUUGUAACAUGUUCAAGGCAAAGCCCUUUCAAUUGUUCUGCUGCUCUAUGACACAACACACAAAAUUACAUCACAUAACCGUAUUCAACCAGUCCGACCACAUGCUGAUCUGUACACUGCAGUAUCAUUAGUCAGUCUGCACCUCGACAAAAGCAAUAUCCAGAAAGCAAGAACAGUAAUUUACUUUCCCCCUGAAUCUUGGUCAGGGGGGAACAAGCAACACCUGUUGUCUCUAUACACCCCGGCAUUUUUCCACUUCAGACCACAAGUAUUGUUUUGUUUUGGUGCCAAACACUUCAGGUAGAUUCUUUCAUAAGAAACGCGUUCAGGUGGAACAUGAUUAUCAGCGUCGUGUCACCAUCCUGUUAACGAUCUACAUAAUCCACGUAUGCUGUGUGAGAGCGUGCUUUUCUAGAGAUUAAAAAAAAAAAAUCAGCAGCUGCUGUAAUUAAAUUGCACAUCCAAAGUUGAAAUAAAUAUAUAAAUAAAUAUAUUAAAUUUUGACACGGAAUAAAUAACUGGAGGGUAGCUGGUGAUGUUCAUGGCUAAUCCCUGCGCAGGGGUAAUAUCAUGCGGUCAAUGAAAGCAGCCCAGCGAGAUUAGAGAGAUGCAGCCAUUUUUCUGCACGUGUGUCGAAUCAAUGCCAAGUAAAAUGUGUAAUAACUUGGAUUCUCUUGCUGAGCUUUAGAAUAACUUCUGGUUACAUUUUUCUUCUUUUUGCAUUGUGCAGCAGUUAACAUUACAUUCUGUCUCAUAGGUUAGGGAGCUGCACAGAAGGACUCAGGCAAAGCACUGAGGCUUAGUGUUUAAAUUAUCUCCAGUUUCUACAGUGGGACAGCAAUAGAUAAGGACCACCACCGGGUAUUGCAGAUAGAUAAUCUGUCAAGCAGAGGAGAGAUUCCAUUAUACUGUGAGGUGUGGAAUAACUUUGUAAAAAUGAUCAGCUGUACUGCAUGAUUACUACUGAUGUCUAUCGUUAGGGCUGCAGAUACUCUCCUCGGUGGUCCAGUUAAUGUUUGACAUGAGGCUACGUAAUAAUGCAUCAGAAACUACCAGCUGUACUAAAGAUACUGGGUCCACAUUAGUACAACCAGGCGAAAAAAAAAAAAAAAAAAAGAUUAUUUUUCUUGUGCUUUUCAUUUGCCUACAUUGACUUCAGAGCUGAAUGUUUAUUUUUAUUUUUAUUUUUUUUUAUACAUAUAUCACAUUUUCAGGGCCAUGCAUUAACGUUUAUGCUUUUUAACUUGAUUUUUUAUCUUUUUUAUUUUUAUUUUUAAUAUUCAUAGACAAUGGCAUUUAGCCAAACUCUGACGCAGAUUUGAUGUGCCCAGACAAAAUAAAAUUAACAGAGUUAGGAUUUAGAUAUAUGGAGAGCCAAAAGUACCACAAAGUAAUACAUAAAGACAUCUAACAGAAUUUACCUAAAUGGGUCAUGAUUACAUUUGUUCAUGUACUGCAGUGUAUUGGAAAGUAGUCUGAAUUGUAGUUCUGAUUACCAAUAAGACUUCAGUGGUGAAUGCAUUCUAAUUUAGCAAAAGACCAUAUUUGAUUAUUAGCAAUAUUUAUUUGUUUUGUAAUGUUUACUUGCUUGUCUGUUGUUCAUAAAGACACUUUGAAUACCGGUCAUUCACUCUCAGUCACAUCUUCAAAUGUUACCAGAAUCCAGAAUUUGGGCAGUAAAAAUGAGAAGAGCUGCAGUAUUUCAGAACCACUGACACAUUUUUAAAUAGCUGCAUCAGAUCAGCACCAUUAGUGAAUAGAUUCUUUAUAACAUGACCUUACAUAGAAUAGGUUUCCUUUUAAAAAAAAACCUAAGGAGUACAAAUUUUUUAUUUUAAUUAACCAAAAUUUCUAUUCCAGCCACAGAAGCAUACCAAGGCAAAUCCUAACAACCCCAAAAUUAUGAGUGGCUCCUUUUUAGACACUGCAUAAAAAACCUUCUGGAGGUCUAAACAUCCAGCCUAUUCCUGGUGGUGCUGCUGUAGCAUUAAUCUAGGUAAGAUAGUAGAAACGCAAUCAGUGAAUUAAAUGAUAAAGUUUCUGCUAUGAAAGACUGUUUAAUUUGUUAAAGGUGACGUUCCCACAUGUUUUUAAUCUCUAUUUGCCCUGCGAGAGAUAUUUUGUUUAUCAGAAUAAUGGUCUGAAAGUUGUGCACAUAAAUCAGGAAAAUCAUCAUUUGUUACAGCAAUGAGAUAAGAUAUCUAACCAGAGAGUCCAUGCGUGUGAAAGAAUUUUCUUCAGACCAAAUCAGUCAUAUCUUCAGAAUAUCUGCGUCAGCUCCGCCUGCGGACUGACGGGCAUGCAGAAAGAAGAGGAAAACUAAAUUCAUUUUGCACUGCAGCACAAAAUUAUUAGUUAAUUAAUGACAUGUUUUCUCAAUUAUAUCUUUGGUAAGGUAUAUUUUUUCUCUAAUAAAUUAAUUUCAAUGUGACACUUUUGGGCCUCUAAGAGUUGACAUUUAUGAAUCUGAGCUUGAAUGAAAGAUUCUUCAUUUUGAAGGUGCCACAGACUAAAUGUUCUAUUAAUGAAGUCUCACACGUUC